UACGCCGUAGUAGAGGUGGUGGUAGUGGCAGCGGUGGCGCUAGCAGAAAGAAAGUCUUGCUUAUACAUUAUCUUUAUAGCUAUUUCCUCUUUACAAAUCUAUGUGGUUAUUCUUAUUAUAAGUGAAUGUUAGUUGUUAUAUUAGAUUCAUAUUCAUGAUGAAUGCUGCAUUGUAUUGUUCUAGCUUUAGGAUUGUUCAGUAUGCUGCUGGUCGGCCUUGUAUUCAAAACAUAACCCGUCUGACAUGCCGGCGUUAUUUUCAAUUUUGUUCGAAUCCGGCUCCAAGACACUGCCACUAUGGUUCAAGAUUGGGAACAUUGAGAAAUUCUCCCAUUCGUAGUUUAUCCUCGAAAGGGAACCUAUCUGAAGCUGUGGUUUUGUACACUUAUAGCAAUCCCAAGUUCUUGCGAAUGGUCAACAUAUUUGGAUAUUCUUUUGGUGCGUUUUGGCUUUUCACCUCUUACCAAUUUUCUACAAUGCGUAUCAUUCCUCAAUCAGAAAAGAGAACCUCUAAUUUACCAUGGUUUGCUCGCUUUGAUUUGAUGAGUUCAACAACAUCAAAAUUAGUUGCUGCUUUGUUAUCAUCCUUAAUUGGUUGUGCAGUUCUAAGUGGUGCUUGGAUCUAUUCCCUACGUUCUGUUGGCAAGAUAGUAUUAGGAAGGGGUGGUAAAACUGUAACUUUUACCACGUAUAAUCCAUUUACUUUUAGCAUGAACAAAGCUAUCACAGUAAAUUUGCCUGAGGUCAGUUGCCAAGGACACAGGUUAACUAACACUGUUGUUCCUAUUAAAAUUAAAGACAGAUGGAUGCACUACCUAGUAUCCAAUGAAGGAUCCUACCAUAAUGCACCAUUAUUUGAUAAAACAGUAGGAUUAAGGCGUUCAUUUUAAUGUUAGUUGCUUUAAAUGUUUGUAGAUCAUUCUGUGUAACUUAUGGUAGCUCCUCAUGGUAGUUUUAUGUUCUCUUCCAUCCUGACUUCCUGCAAAUAGCAGCAAUGAAAAGUGGCAGGAACUGUCAUCAUGUCAAAAUAUGGAAUAAAAGAGAAUGGAAAAUGUCAA